UGAGUUCCAAAUAUCUCUCUACCUUCUUUCCCAUGCUGGCUUUUAAAGCUUCUUUCACCUCUCACACUAAGAUCCUGUGGUCUUUUAGAAAUUGCUGAGUUUCCAAGAUGUUGCUGUGGAAUUCACCCAGGACGAAUGGAGCUAUUUGGAUCCUGGCCAGAAGGACAUGUACAGGGACGUGAUGCUGGAGAACUAUGAGAACUUUGUCUCUCUUGGGCUUCCAGAAACUAAACCAACUGUGAUUUCUCGUCUGGAGAGACAUGAAGCCCCCUGGUUAUCAGGGGAAGAAGACUCCAGAUGCAUUUUUGAGGAUUCCUCUGUUGAGAAAAGAGAAUAUGAAACCAAGGAGCCAACUCCAAAACUAUGUAUUACUACCAAAGACACAUCCAGAGAAAGACUCAUAAAGCAUGAUUUCUGCUCAUCUAAAUUGGGAGAAUUUUGGAAUUAUGACACUGGAUUAGAAAGGCAGAUAAACAAUCCAGAAAGACAGUCCAUGAAGCUAAUAGUUAAACACAGAAAAACUUCAUGUAGCAGAAUUUCCAUGCUUGAGAAGCUUUGUAAGUUUUAUAAAUACAGGAAGGUUUUCAGUCACCAUUCAAAACUGAAUAAUUACCAUAGAGUUUGUUCUCAAAAAGAACCUCAUAGAAUUAAUGAAUAUGGCAAAACUGUCCACAUGAAUUCAUGCCUUAGUGUACAUGGAGGAAUUAAGGCUGGAGUGAAAUCUCAGAAAUUUGGUAAAUGUGGUAAGGCUCCCAGGUACAACUCAUACAUUACUGUUCAUCAGGAAACUCUUCAGAAAGAAAAACCUUUGCAAUGUAAUAAAAAUAGGAAAACUUUUAGCCAGAAGGGAUAUCUUUCUCAACCUAAGAGAAUUCCUGCUGGAGAGAAACCCUAUAAAUGUAACGAAUGUGGGAAAACUUUCAACCUUAUGGGAAUCUUUAAUAGACAUAAGAAGAUGCAUAUGUCAGUGAAACCUUAUAAAUGUAAAGAAUGUGGAAAAGCCUUCAGGAUCAAGGCAUCCCUUGAUGGACAUGAAAGAAUUCAUACUGGAGAGAAACCCUAUAAAUAUAAUGAAUGUGGGAAAACUUUCAACCUUGAGGGAAUCUUUAAUAGACACAAGAAGAUUCAUACUUCAGUGAAAUCUUAUAAAUGUAAUGAAUGUGGAAAAGUCUACAGGCACAAAGCAAGUCUUAAUUCACAUAAGAGAAUUCAUACUGGAGAGAAACCCUUUAAAUGUAAAGAAUGUGGAAAAGCCUUCAGGAUCAAGGCAUCCCUUAAAGGACAUGAAAGAAUUCAUACUGGAGAGAAACCCUAUAAAUGUAAUGAAUGUGGGAAAUCUUUCCACCUUAAGGGAAUCUUUAAUAGACAUAAUAAGAUUCAUACUUCACUGAAACCUUAUAAAUGUAAUGAAUGUGGAAAAGCCUUCAGGAUCAAGGCAUCUCUUAAUGUACAUGAAAGAAUUCAUACUGGAGAGAAACCCUUUGAAUGUAAUGAAUGUGGAAAAGUCUUCAGGAUCAAGGCAUCCCUUAAUGGGCAUGAAAGAAUUCAUACUGGAGAGAAACCCUUUGAAUGUAAUGAAUGUGGAAAAACCUUCAGGUUUAAAACAGGCCUUGUUGUACAUGGAGCAACUCAUAGUGGGGAGAAGCCUUAUAAAUGUAAUGAAUGUGGAAAAGCCUUCAAACUUCAUGGAACCCUUCAGUUACAUAAGAGAAUUCAUACUGCAGUGAAACCCUAUAAGUGUAAUGAAUGUGGAAAAGUCUUCAGUUUCAAAAAAGGCCUCGAGGUACAUAAGGCAAGUCAUUCUGGGGAGAAGCCCUACAAAUGUAAUGAAUGUGGGAAAGCCUUCCUUCGUAAGGAUCACCUUAAGAGGCAUAAGAAAAUUCAUACUGGAGAUAAACCAUAUAUAUGUAAUAAAUGUGGAAAAGUCUUUAGGUAUAAAGAAGGCUUGGAUGUACAUGAGGCUAUUCAUAAUGGGGAGAAGCCUUAUAAAUGUAAUGAAUGUGGAAAAGCCUACCAGCAGAAGACAAGCCUUAAUUCACAUAAGAAAAUUCAUAUUGGAAUGAAGCCUUAUAAAUGUAAUGAAUGUGGAAAAGCUUUUGGGAUCAAAGUAUCACUUAAUAGACAUGAGAAAAUUCAUACUGGAGAGAAACCCUAUAAAUGUAAUGAAUGUGGAAAAGCCUUCAGGUUUAAAAGAAGCCUUGUUGUACAUGGAGUAACUCAUAGUGGGGAAAAGCCCUAUAAAUGUAAUGAAUGUGGAAAAGCCUUCAAACUUCGUGGAACCCUCCAGGUACAUAAGAGAAUUCAUACUGCAGUGAAACCCUAUAAAUGUAAUGAAUGUGAAAAAGCCUUUAAGUUUAAGAAAAGCCUUGAGAUUCAUGUGGCAAGUCAUUCUGAGGAGAAGCCCUACAAAUGUAAUGAAUGUGGGAAAGCCUUCAGCUUUAAGAAAGAUCUUCACGUACAUGAGGCAAAUCAUACUGGGGAGAAGCCUUAUAAAUGUAAUAAAUGUGGGAAAGCCUUCAUUCGCAAGGAUCACCUUAAGAGGCAUAAGAAAAUUCAUACUGGAGAUAAACCAUGUAUAUGUAAUAAAUGUGGAAAAGUCUUUAGGUAUAAAGAAGGCUUGGAUAUACAUGAAGCAAUUCAUAAUGGGGAGAAGCCUUACAAAUGUAAUGAAUGUGGAAAAGCCUACCAGCACAAGACAAGCCUUAAUUCACAUAAGAAAAUUCAUAUUGGAGUGAAGCCUUAUAAAUGUAAUGAAUGUGGGAAAGCUUUUGUUAUCAAAGCAUCCCUUAAUAGACAUGAGAAAAUUCAUACUGGAGAGAAACCCUAUAAAUGUAAUGAAUGUGGAAGAGCUUUCAGGUUGAAAAGAAGCCUUGUUGUACAUGGAGUAACUCAUAGUGGGGAGAAGCCCUAUAAAUGUAAUGAAUGUGGAAAAGCCUUCAAACUUCACAGAACCCUUCAGGUACAUAAGAGAAUUCAUACUGGAGUGAAAUUCUAUAAAUGUAAUGAAUGUGGAAAAGCCUUCAGUUCUAAGAAAAGCCUUGAGGCACAUGAGGCAGGUCAUACUGGGAAAAAGCCCCACAAAUGUAAUGAAUGUGGGAAAGCCUUCAGUUUUAAGAAAGGCCUUCAUGUACAUGAGGCAAGUCAUUCGGGGGAGAAGCCCUACAAAUGUGAUGAAUGUGAGAAAGCCUUCUGUCACAAGGAUCAUCUUAAGAGGCAUAAGAAAAUUCAUACUGGAAAGAAACCAUAUAUAUGUAAUAAAUGUGGAAAAAUCUGUAAAUAUAGAGAAGGCUUGGAUAUACAUGAGGCAAUUCAUAAUGGAGAGAAGCCUUACAAAUGUAAUGAAUGUGGAAAAGCCUACCAGCAGAAAACAAGCCUUAAUUCACACAAGAAAAUCCAUAUUGGAAUGAAACCUUGUAUUUGUAAUGAAUGUGGGAAAGCCUUCAGGGAGAAAGGUAUCCUUAAUAGACAUAAGAAAAUUCAUACUGGAGAAAAACCCUACAAAUGUAAUGAAUGUGGAAAAGCUUUCAUAUAUAAGGGAGAUCUUAAUAGACAUAAGAAGAUUCAUGUAAAACUAUAUUUAUGUAAUAAUGUGGAAAAGCCUUUAAAUGUAAAGGAAACCUAAAUUUGCAUAAGAUUUCAUAUUGCAGAGAAGCCUUAAAAAUGCAAGGAAUGUGGAAAAUCUUAAGUAUAUAGAAACUUGAAAAAAAUAAAGAAAUUCCUUCUGGAGGGAAAUCCUUUGAAUGUACUGAUGUUGAAACAAACUAUAGUUGAAAUCCAAAUUUUGCAUAAUAAAAAAUGAAAAAUUGAGAAACAUUUCUUGUGUAG